GUCAUGGCGCUGUGCGUGGCCGUGGCGGCGGCGCAGGGGGCGGGCUCGCGGCGCAGCGCCGGAGGAGGAAGUGGUGAGGUUGUUGCUCCCUCUGCGCCCACCACUGGCUCUUGGGGCGCAGAGAGGGGCCGCGGUCUCCGCGGCUGCGUCGCGCUCCCUUGCAGUCCCCUCCAUGUUCCCCGGCGCCACAGCUUCCCUUCCUAAGGCCACCGCUUGCCCCGGGGUCUAUGGAAGUAAUGGAAGGACCCCUCAACCUGGCUCAUCAACAGAGCAGACGAGCAGACCGUUUAUUAGCUGCAGGCAAAUACGAAGAGGCUAUUUCUUGUCACAAAAAGGCUGCGGCGUAUCUUUCUGAAGCAAUGAAGCUGACACAAUCUGAGCAGGCUCAUCUUUCACUGGAAUUGCAAAGGGAUAGCCACAUGAAACAGCUCCUCCUCAUCCAAGAGAGAUGGAAAAGGGCCCAGCGUGAAGAAAGAUUGAAAGCCCAGCAGAACACAGACAAGGAUGUAGCUGCCUAUCUUCAGGCAUCUCACAAGCCCUCUGCAGAGGAUGCAGAGGGCCAGAGCCCCCUUUCUCAGAAGUACAGCCCUUCCACAGAGCAACGCCUGCCUGAGAUGCAGGGGAUCUUUGACAGGGAUCCAGACACACUACUGUAUUUACUUCAGCAAAAGAGUGAGCCAGUGGAGCCAUGUAUUGGAAGCAAAGCCCCAAAAGAUGAUAAAACAAUUAUAGAGGAGCAGGCAACCAAAAUUGCAGAUUUGAAGAGGCAUGUGGAAUUCCUUGUGGCUGAGAAUGAAAGAUUAAGGAAAGAAAAUAAACAACUAAAGGCUGAAAUGGCCAGACUUCUAAAAGGUCCAUUAGAAAAGGAGCUGGAUGUAGAUGCUGAUUUUGUAGAAACGUCAGAGUUAUGGAGCUUGCCACCACAUUCAGAAACUGCCACAGCCUCCUCAACCUGGCAGAAGUUUGCAGCAAAUACUGGGAAAGCCAAGGACAUUCCAAUCCCCAAUCUUCCUCCCUUGGAUUUUCCAUCUCCAGAACUUCCCCUUAUGGAGCUCUCUGAGGAUAUUCUGAAAGGAUUUAUGAAUAAUUGAAAUGGAAGGCCACAGAAGAGGAGGGGAGAAGAGGAAAUAAUACAGUAGUAGUUAAUUCAGCAAAAAGAAUGAAAAGGGAAAAACCACAUAGAAGGGUCAUCCCGGAAAUGCUUCAUCAUCUGGCGGACUGUGAGAGAAGAGGCAUUGCCAGGACUUGGGAAACAGUCACUGUGAAAUGUGUCUCGUAUCUGAUUCACUGACUUGUGCUAAUGAUUCCGACUUGGCAGACACUAAACUCAUGGAGGGUUCACUUUCUCCUGAUACAAACCAAAUGGCUACCUGGAAUAAUUUUUUUCAAGCAACAAUUAUUUUUCUUAUCUUCAGGGUUAAAAUGUUUAAAAGUAUGUUAUGCGUAAUUAAUCUAUAAUGCCAUAAAUGAUAAUGCAAAACCUAAAUAAUAUGGUGGCCCGAGGGGCUGCCUUCUAUUUGAAACAAGCUUUCUAUCAUGCAUUGAAUGUGUGCGUUUUGUUAAUGCACAUUUUGUUUGUUUAAAUAAGGUGUGUAAGACACACACCCUUCUUGAUGAAACUAUAUGUGCCACACUUUGCACUACUCAUAACCUCAAGACUAUCAGGAGAAAUAUUUAAAUUUCCAUUUUAUGAAGAAAGGAACCAAAUUAUUAUGCUUUUUUAAACAAAUUACCAGUUUACAUAAUUAAUCAGGGUGCAUUUUAAGUUCUAACUUUAUUGUAUAAUGCAUCAUUUGAAAAUAACAAGGAGAAAAUACCCUUUGUUUUAAAUGAUGCAAGAGUGGGAAUAAUGCAAGUUGGCAGUAUUUGAUUGUAAGAAAUCAAUAAAGUAAUUACGUUUUA